AAGCGCGAAGCAUUGGUUUGGCCUCUUACCAUCUACACUAAACAGGAAAAUGCACGGCCCUUUAUCAGCGCUUUUAUUCAUAAUCCUGUCUCUUCUUGUAAGCGGACUUCCUGGAAUCAAGGCUGCAGACAAUUGUCGCCCGAAAGGCAACUGUGAUACUGAAUUAUCGAAUAUUUCUAAAGACAAACUUGGAUGUUUCGGUUUGGAGAAACUGAAGAGUUGUUUCAAUACUUAUUGCACAGCUAUUGACUAUGAUAAGGCCUACGCAGAAUGCAAUAAGACAGACUUAACAACUUUAAAAGCAAGUUUUGGCAAAAUUCAAUUUCAAGAUUGUUUAACAACAACUGUACCAGUAACAGGAACAACUGGUACAGCACCACCCACAACAGCAGCAGCUACAACAGUAGCAGCCACAACAGCAGCAGCUACAACAGCAGCAGCUACAACAGCAGCAGCUACAACAACAGCAGCAGUUCAUCGAAAAAGGAGAGCUUUAGCAGCUUCCUGUGCAACUCUAAAAAGCAAUGUGGAUGGCGCUGCAACUCACACAGCUUUUUAUACGGCUUUUGAUGUUUUAGUUAGUUGCAUCAAUACGACCUGUCCAAAUCAAUUGACUGAAGUCAACGACUAUGUCAAACAACAAGCCGCCACUAUAUUUGUAAAAACGGAAUCACAACCAGAAUGCAAAACAUGUGGAGCACAAGCUGUUUACCUGGCCAGUAUUCUGUUUAUCAUGAUGGCCGUCAAACCUUUUAUUGCCUGAGUCUUUGGAAUCAAAGCCGCACUUGUUUAACCGUCCAUUAAAUUAUUGUUUAUUCUAUGUCACAUGUAAAUUAUGAAUCUAAUCAAAUAUUAAUUAUUUAACAUGUUAUUAAAGUGUAUCUUUAAUUACAACUGUUCCUAAGAGAAGCAUUGCAAAUGGUUCUUACGACUAAUUGGCCAAGUAUUUGUGGAUGUCGCCUUCCACGUUUCCUCGUCAAGAACAAUAAUAAAAUGCUUCACAAACUGAGAGAUGUUUCUAUAUGAGUAUAAGGACUUAUGAAACAAAUACUGACCAGUCGUGAGAAUCAAAUGUACAUGCUUGCUUACUUUUAGUUAUGUGUUUAUAAAAGUGUUAAAUAUAAAGUGGACUUCAAGGGUAUCAUCGUGAAUUACAAUCACUUAUUAAAACAGAAAUAUUUGAUGAUAACGACAGCCAAUAAAAAUUACUUUAAAACUUUAGUCAUUCCACUGUGCCCCGCCCCCCAUCAUGGUCGGCAUUAGGUAAUUGGAGACCCUAGGUGAAAUAAAUAGGAGUGGCGACAAAGGAAAUAGAAAACACACAAAAAUUAAGGCAGAACUAUA